GUCACGCAGCUUAUGGACACGGACUGCAACACUCGCAUCAGCGCAGCGGAUGCGAUGAAGUUCGAUUGGCUCAAGACCGCCCACAAGGAAGGACGGAAGCUGAUUACGCCACAUACAGUGCAAGGCAUUCUGUCCUAUGGGACGAAAACACUGCUGCAGAAGAAGUGCAUGCAAGUCAUUGCCUGCCACUUGCCAGAAGAGGAGAUCAAGGAGCUAGCAAAAACGUUCCACACCCUGGACACAAACGGAGACGGUGAAGUCUCCCUGAGCGAGCUCAAGCACGCUAUAUCCUUGGUGGGGAAGCGCAAGGGUGCGAAAGGCAAGCGCAAGAACUCGGUCUCUGGUCCUACCGAUGGGGACAUGCUGAAGCUUGUGGCGGCGAUGGAUAGCAACGGUGACAAUCGAAUCAGCUACACAGAAUUUCUGGCUGCGUGCCUGGAGGAGAAACACUACCACCAAGAGGCUGCUUGCUGGCAUGCCUUUCGGUUCUUCGAUCGGGACAACGAUGGCAAGAUCACGCGGCAGGAGCUCCUAGAAGCCCUGAAGGACGAGGAGUUCGGGGACAUGCUGCCGCAGAAGGUCAUCGCUGACCUGGUGAAGGCCGGCGACAGCAACGGGAACCACACCUUGGAUUUCUACGAGUUCAUGGCUUUGGUGCAGCCGGACCGGGAGUGGACGGCGCCACAGGUGGCCUCACAGGGCAAGGACGGCAAGGAUGCAGGCCCCGGGCCACCUUCGCCGCUGAAGGCUGACCGCCGGAAGCGCAAGAACUCGAAUGUGGGGCUGUGCCCUUCAUGCGGGCAGAGCCGUCAGCUCAAGGAUCGUGACAAGAAGGGCUUGAUGUGCGCGGGCUGCUGGAUGGCACAGCAGUGA